AUGGCUGAAUAUGAAGAGAAGGGCUACAUUCGGCGGCUUUCAACGGCGGAGAAAUCGCAGAAGCAUUCGAAUGACUGGUACUUGCCAAUUUUCCCGGUAAUCAACCCGAACAAACCAGGGAAGAUACGUAUCGUGUUCGAUGCGGCAGCGAGAGUUAACGGUGUCUCUUUGAACUCAUUUCUCCUUACGGGACCAGAUCAGUUGGUGUCGUUGCUUAGCGUUCUCUUCAAGUUCCGAGAAUUCCGCGUCGCAGUUGUGGGAGACAUCCGAGAAAUGUUCUUUCAAGUCAGGAUGAAAAAGCAAGACCAACGAAGCCAGAUGAUAUUGUGGAUCAGCGGAGAUCCUGAUGAAGAACCGGAGGUGUACGUGGUGCAAGUAAUGACGUUCGGUGCAGCAUUUUCACCGAGUUGCGCGCACUACGUUAAGAACCAGAAUGCGGACAGAUUCGUGGAAGAUUAUCCAAGGGCAGUCGAGUGCAUCAAACACGAACACUACGUCGAUGACAUGUUGGCCAGCGUUGAGACUGAAGAGGAAGCGGUGAAAUUAGCGAGCGAAGUCCGAUCCAUUCACUCACAGGGUGGCUUCGAAAUACGUAACUGGUUGUCGAAUUCAUCAGCAGUCGUCAAGCGUUUACACGAAACCAGUACCACAGAGAAGGACAUGAGCCUUUGUGCGGACAUGGCAACAGAAAAGGUGCUAGGCAUGUGGUGGGAUACUGCCACCGAUUCGUUUACGUUCCGAAUCUCACCGAAGCACAACAUGGAGUUGCUUUCCGGAAGCAGGAUGCCUAUCAAACGAGAAGUCCUGCGUAUGUUGAUGGCGAUUUACGAUCCUAUGGGACUCAUCUCCAAUUUCCUCAUCUACUUGAAGAUCCUACUUCAGGAAAUCUGGCGUGCCGGAUGCGGCUGGGAUGAUGAAAUCAACGGGAAGCUAGCCGAAAGAUGGAUAACCUGGGUAGAAGCGUUGCCGAACGUCCGACAAGUGAGCGUACCUCGCUGUUACCGCAAUGCGACGUCUGCUGAAUCUACGAAUACCGUGGAAUUGCAUAUUUUCUGCGAUGCGAGCGAAAACGGAAUGGCUGCCGUGGCUUACUUCAGAACGGCCACAGAACUUGGUCCGCUAACGCAGGAGGAGUUGAAUCGUGCCGAGAGCAUCAUCUAUCGACAAGUUCAACAGCAAGCUUACCAGGACGAAAUCCAACUGAUCUGCAGCAGUAACCCAGAGGUGCAGCCAUGGGAGCGUACCUUGCCGAAGACUAGCCCGCUAUAUAAGCUCAGCCCAGUCAUCGAUGAGCACGGUGUUCUACGGAUGCGUGGACGUAUCGAUGCUUGCGAGUAUGUAGAUGAAUCUACCAAGAAUCCGAUCCUUCUGCCCAGGCGCAACUACGUAUUCGAUCUAGUGCUCGGCGACUACCACGCUAGAUACCGUCACCAGAAUCACCACACUGCGCUGAACCAGAUUCGACUAAAGUACAACAUUCCCCGUCUCCGUACAGAGUUCGAACGAGUUCGCAGAAAUUGUCAGCGUUGCAAAAUUCGGCAAGCGAGUCCCAGGCCUCCAGCAAUGGGGAACCUCCCAGCUGCCCGGUUGGCACCAUUCCAGCGACCGUUUUCUUACACCGGAGUCGACUAUUUCGGGCCGAUGCCAGUGAUAGUCGGCAGACGUACCGAGAAAAGAUGGGGAGUACUUCUCACCUGUAUGACAAGCAGAGGCGUGCACAUUGAAAUAGCACAUUCGCUGACGACAGACUCUUGCAUCCUAGCGCUACGCAAUUUUAUUGCUAGAAGGGGUCCACCGCUCGAGAUGAUUAGCGAUCGAGGAACGAACUUCAUCGGAGCCUCGAGGGAGCUGCGCGAAGCUCUGAAACUCGUCGACGAGAAGAAACUGAUGGUCGAGUUCGUCGGUCUUAACACCAAGUGGACGUUCAACCCUCCGACCGCUCCACAUUUUGGUGGAUGCUGGGAGCGCCUGAUCCAGUCUGUCAAGAAGACCAUGAACGAUUUCGACCCCCCGCGUUCUUCGGAUGGGAGUAAGCCCCCAAUCAUUUUCUACAGUCCCACUGUGCUGAAGCGAUCGUGGAAGAUGGCCCAGGUAUACGCCGACAACUUCUGGAAGAAGUGGAUUGACGAGUACUUGCCUACGUUGACACGCAAGACAAAGUGGUUUCAACCCGUAAAACCUAUCCAGGAAGGUGAUCUGGUGUUGAUAGCUGACUCCAAGCUUCCGAGAAACUGUUGGCCGCGAGGACGCGUGGUCAAGGCAGUUCAGGCAACCGACGGACAGGUUCGGCGCGUGACCGUUCAGAUAGCGGACUUCUGGAGAGACCAGCGACCAAGAUUGCGGUGCUAG